GAUUUUCUCUCUCACAAAUCAUGGACAUCGACAACGAUAUCUCCGGGUGGAUUCUUGAAUUCAUCCUCCGGCAAUCGCUCGACGAUGCAACGUUGACGGCUCUUAUUCGUGUGCUCCCAGCUCCUCUGAAAUACAAUCGGCGUCUAGCGAAAAUAGUCCUUCUAAGAGAAAUCGAGUCAAAUAUUUCAAACGGUUCCGUUUCUGAGAAAACAGUCGGUCUCCUUGAAAAAUACGAGGAGAUAGAUUUUCAGGAAGGAAUAAAAGCUUCGAAUGCUUUAAGGGAAGCGUAUUGUGCUGUGGCAGUGGAUUGUACUGUGAGGGUUUUGAAGAACGGCAGUGAGGAGAAUGUUAAAGCUGAGUAUUUAGAUGCAGUGAAGAGAAUAUGGAGCCGCAGGAUAUGUAGAAUGGAAAAAGAGGAAAACGCAGGUCUUUUGUCUGCGGAUUUGUCAGAAUGGAGAGAACUAAUUGAGACAACUGCGUGGGAAGACAUUGAUUUUGAUAAUGUGAUGAGAGUGAGUGAAGCGCUUGACGCUGUUGGGGCUGUGAAAAUGUUUGUUAAGGAAGCAAUGGAGAAAAUGGGUCCUUCAUUUCUUGAGUACAUGGCUGAGACUCUUGGGAGAGAGAAUAACAGUAGGGAGUCUCUUCCAUCACAGAAUGAAGAAGACGAGGGCCAAAUUGCAGGGAAGGUCUCAGCUUUGCCAAGUUAUGCCCAAAUGCCUACCCAUCCAAACAAUGACACAGAACUCCCAGCCCACCCCAUAUUCAAUUAUUGGGUCCGUCACCGGAGAAAAGGAAAAUCAGUGGCAGAGCACAAACAUCUUGCGUGUAAGCGCAUCAGUGUUACCCUGGAUGGGACGUCUAGAGGAAAUAAGGUUGCUGAUAGUGAUAGUUUGAGAGCUGAGACAUCAAACAGACAAUAUCGUUUGGUAGAUACCCCUGAGGUCAAUAUUGCACAAGAAGAACUUGUGAAAAGUUCCUUGGGUUUGCAAGCUGUUGUCAUGGAUCCACUCCCAGAUGCUUUACUCAUUGCUGCAAAUAUUGAUAGUCAACCUUCGCAAAAAAAUCGUGAUACCACUACUCCUGCGGUUAGUUGCUCUGGUGGUGUUAUUCAAACAAGUGAGAGAAAUAUCAGUAACCAGAACAGCCCACGUCAGGUUAACCCGUCCAAGCAAAGGUUGAUGGAGCGGAACAGUACGGCCAAUGUAUUUGAGUGGGAUGAUAGUAUAAAUGACUCGGAUGAAGGAUCACCCAGUCGUGGAAAGAGACCUAAGUUACCAAGUGUACAAAAAAAGGAUGUUUCUCCUUUGCGGGAGUAUCAAAUGAAAAAUUUGAAAAAGAGGAGAAAAUUAAAAAAGUGGAGCUCAAUAGAAGAAGACACAUUGAGGACAGGUGUUCAAAAGCUUGGACGGGGAAAUUGGAAGCUCAUUCUACAAGCUUAUGGGGACAUAUUUGAAGAUAGGACAGAGGUUGAUUUAAAGGACAAGUGGAGGAAUAUGACGCGAUAGGAAUGUUCAUUACGUGAUGUUGGUAACUUCGUUAACAGGUGAGAGCCCCUUGUAUAGCUUUUUGAUCUGGCUGGGAUAUUCUUUAUAUGAAUAGCAUUUUAUUCCCAGGCUGAUGAUCCGUUCAACUUGUGACACCAAUCCUGUUGGGUAAAUGGCUGAUCGCUCGUAAAGUUCUAAGCCAUUUUUGGGCCGUAGUUUGAUCCGGUUUGGCUGGUUGACUCGCUAAAAUGGGUGUUGGUAACGCAGCUUCAUUGACAUAGCCUUUCCAUCAAAAAUUUGUUCAAGUAAAUGCAUUUUUGUUGCUCCAAAUUUGAUAAAUGUAAUUAUACUCCCUCUAUCCUACAAUAGGUGGCAUUCUAGGUAUUUUACGGAGAUAAUUAUGUAAAUGACUCAAAUACGUAGUAAUAAACAACUUUUCUAAAAAGGAAUCUGUCAACUGUAUUGACAAUUACUGCAGAAC